AUGGAAGCAGAUUAACCAUUGGUGACUAAUUUUUUUAUAGAAUAAUAAAUAAAAAUAUUAAAACCCUAACCUCUAGCUAUUAAAUAAAGUACUGAAAUUUUAUAGCAUUACUAUAAAUUAUAAGCAGUAACAAUUUGAAUAUAUUAUCACUUUUAUUAGAAAGAAUAAGUCAAGGUCAUCGAAACAUCUUUGCUCAGCAUUUAUUCAUUUUUUUAAGCAGACAACUUUGAAGGUUUUUAGGAUAUCAAUGCCAAGAUUAAUAAUUUGCUUGAAGACAUUUCUAAACUGGAUGACAACACAAUAAGAAAGGGGUAAUAUCGGAGAUCAAUUGGUAGAAAGACAUUAUAAAAGUAUUUCAUUCUGAUUGUAUGUAUUAAAUAGAUCAUUUAAAAUUUUAUCCUUAAAACUCAGAAUAACUUUGGACAUAAUCAGUAAAAAGUGGGUAAAUAAACAAAAUAUAAAAAAUUAAUUAAGAUGGUCUAACCUGUGCAUUCGCAACAUACAAAAGUAUAUUGACAUAUUUAAGAUAAAGUACUUUGAAUUCAGAUUUAACUUUGGUUUCUAAAAAGUUUUAUAAAAUGUUUAUAUGCAGAAUUUGUGAGUAACCAGUUUAAGCAACAUAGAUGGCACAACAUUGUAUAAUGUGUGAAUAGCAAGCUGAGAGCAAAAAAAGAUUAUUGGAACUAAAUCUGGAAUUAGCAAAUAUUUGUGAUUAGGCAUAUUUAGAAAAGAGGAAUGUGCAAGUGAAAUUGGCAAUAAAGAAGUACAAUUAUCAUUAUUAUGUUAUAAGGAUGAGGGACAAAACAAGAAGGAGACAAUAUCACAACACUAAAUAUAUAUAUAGAAGAGUCUAAACUUUAGAUGACUAAGAUGAAGAUGAAGAUAAUUAAAAUGAAUAUCAAUAAGAAUUGAACAACAUAGUCAACAUUAUGACGUAAAUUAUUAACUUUGCUGAAAAAACAUUAAAUAAUGCUGCUGAAGUUGAAGAUACUAAAUGUAAUAACUUAUCUUGAGCUUUAUUAAUAGAAACUUUAGUACUGUUAAAUGACAUAGUUAAUGCAAUUUAAUGUAUUGAAAGCCAAGAAACUUUGUCGAUUAUUAAUGCAACUCAUAAAUGCUUAUUGGAUAGACUUGAUUAUUAAAAAAAAAAAGAGAAUAUCAUUAAUAAUUCAAUCGAAGGAUCACCUAAUCAAAAUUAAGACAAUAUUACUAAAAUUAAAAGAGCAUUCACUAAAUCUAAUUCAAUCUCAUUUAGGAUGCCCAAAUUUCAGAAUUCCCCGUCUCCUUCUUAAAGAAUCUCUACAGAUCCAAUAUAAGAAGAAGAUGAUUCACCAUCGUCGCCUUAAAUUUAAUCACCACAAAAACUUGGAACUCAAAGAAAAGCAUUCAAAAUGAACUCUUCCAUCUUUAAAUUAAGUGAUGGAUCUGAAUCACCUAAAUCAAUUAAAUAAUCAUCUGCUUUAACUUAAAUGAAACCAAGUUAUUUUUGUUAAACUGAAGUAAAUUAAUCAAUUAAUUCUUCAAUUAGUGAUCUUAAAGUAGAAUAAACAAAAAAAUAAUCAAGUAACGAAAUCACUUAAUCCAAAGAUACCAAAGAUACAAUUCAAAAUUCUUUGUUAAAACUAACAUAAUUCAAAGCAUCCAUACAACCUCUCUUAAUGAAAAAUUAAAAACCUUAAAAUUUAGAAGAAAUUAUAGAAGAAAAAUAAAAAUAUCCAAAAAAAAUUGAAAUUCAAAAAUCCAUAAAAGAUAGUGAAAAUUCAUCAAACAUAUCUAGUAUGGAAUCUGGCAAUUCUAAUAAUAACGAAGUUGCUAAUCAAGCACCUGUAAAAAAAUAAAGAAAAAAGAAGAAAUUAAGUUUCUAAUCUUAAGAAAUUGAAAAAGCAUAAUUAGUCGGAAAAAAUUAACAAAGGAAAAGCAAAUUCUUUGAAAAUCAAGUGUGUAAGUCUCCCAUUGUUGUUUAAGAAAAUGCUAUCGAUGAAAUUUUGAUAGAUAAAGGUUAUCAUUCUGAUUCCAACUUAAUCAAAACUGUUUCUCCUUAAUUAAAUGAAACUUCAAAAGUUGGAAUUAAAGACUUUGAAUUCAUAAAGCUAUUAGGAAAGGGAGCUUAUGGUUGGGUCUUUUUAGUGAAAAAGAAAGGAUCAGGAGAUCUUUAUGCUUUGAAAAUAAUUGACUGCGCUUAAAGAGUAAUUUAACAUUCUAUCUUAGAACUUAGAAGCAUUUCUUGAAUAAUUAAAGGCUGAAAGAAACAUUUUCGAAAUUUUAAAUAGCAGUUUUGUUGUCAAAGCCUACUUUUCAUUUGUUCAUGAACAAUAUCUGUGUUUUGUAUAAGAAUACAUGAUGGGAGGAGAUCUAGCAAGCAUUUUGAAACAAUAUACGGUAGACUCUAUCAUUAUUUAAAUUAGGCAUUGGAUGAAUUUUAUGUUCAACACUAUAUGGCUGAAAUAGUUUUGGCUCUAGAAUAUUUAAGAUAAUAAAAUAUAGUACAUAGAGAUUUAAAACCAGAAAAUAUAUUACUAGAUUGUUAAGGACAUUCUAAACUAGCUGAUUUUGGUUUAUCAGAAUAAGGAGUGAAUAGCAGAUUGAAAUUAAAAGAAAAGUUGACUUCCUAAAAUUCUGCUGAGAUACCCACUUGUGUAGAAUAAAUCAGUGAUCAAUAAGCAUAUUAACCUGUCUAUAAAUAAUUGAAAAAGGUAGAAUCCAUUUUAGUGGAGAAAUAAGGAAGCAAGACAAAAAAGUAAUUGAAUUCAAUAUAAAAAGGAUUGUUGGAACUCCAGAUUAUAUUGCUCCUGAAAUCAUAUUAGGAACUUCAAUCAGCAACUUUAGUUCAGAUUACUGGAGUUUAGGUAUUAUAAUGUACGAAUUGCUUUGUGGUAUUGCCCCUUUUAAUGAUGAUACUGUUGAUAAAAUAUUUGAUAAUAUUUUGAAUAUGCGAAUCGAAUGGCCUUAAAUUGGAGAAGGAGAGGAUUGUAUUUCAGAAUAAGCAUAUGAUCUAAUUGUAAAAUUGUUGGAACCUGACUUCAACAAGAGAAUUGGGCAUAAAUCUAUUGAAGAAAUAAAAAAUCACAAAUUCUUUAAAGGUAUCAUAGAAAUAUUAGUUUUAGGGAUUUAAUGGAACAAAUUAUUGAGCAAACCAGGAUUGAUUAUUCCGGAAUUGAAUUGCGAGUCAAAAGAUACUGAAAAGAUGCAAUAGUUUCUAAAAAAGUUGGAGAAAACUAAUAAGGAUUCAGAAAAUAAAAAAUUAGCCUAAUAAUUAAAAGCUCAGCUUUAAAAUUUAGAGAGAAUUGAUUUAUUAAAAUAAAGAAGCACAUAAGAAUCCGAUAAAUAUUUGUAUAAAUAAUUUUUUAUUAGAUUACAAGUGUAAAAUGAACAGAAAAAAAUUUAACAUUAAAUUGAGUUACUUACACAACUUUAUGCCAAACUUUACUAAUGCUACUCCAACAUGCAGUGA